AUGGCCACCGCGUCUCGAUGUCGUGCCAAAACCCGGCAACCGACGCCGAGCUUCCAAGCUGCCAUCUGGGUCACUGAUCUGAUGCUACGCCAGGCAUACGAGCAGUUCCAGCGCCGCACCCUCAUCACCAGCAGCCUGACCGGCGCACACAAGAAUUCCCCCGAGGCACGACGGCGGCGCCUGGGGCGCAGGCAAUUGACGGCCUUUCUCGAACCUCCCUCGCCGUACCAGCAAUCGUGGUACUUUGAGCUGCUGGGCAACAAGAACGAGUGGACGUGGCAUCCGCCGUCCAAUGCCCAGCAGCGGAGGCAGAAGGAAGCCAAGAUCACAGUCGAGAGCGUUUUGGAGAAGAUCACACGAUGGCUUGAGGCGUCGGACCUGGACAAACCCUUUUUAGACCCACCGGUCGAUGAUGCUCAAAGCCUCGACACAGUACCAAGUGCUGCAGAGCGCGGGUCCCUGCUCACAGAGGUGGAUUCACUCUGUCGCGAAGUGGCUUCCUUCCAAAAGAUCGAUGAUGGCCGGUUAAAACACGCACUAAAUGCGUGCUGCAAGCAAUUACAGUCACGCAUCGAUCGCCUGGACUUUUCUGCCAACGACGUCGCGGCACUGUUGCUGCCGAGCACGCACACGGACUGGCACCCCGAUCUCACGCGAAAACAUCACGCCAUGAUCACGCAUCGACUCGCGAAAACAAUGUUCGACAUGUUGUUCGCCGUGCACAAAAAGGCACCUACGACGCAGACGCUCGAGGCACUGCAGGCUAUCGUCACGGGCAUCUACGCAAUGCCUCCGAGCCACCAUCAAUUCCGGCUCUUUUCAUUUCUCAUGCACAUCCCACUAUCGGGGCGCGAUGCCGUUCUCGAUGAGGAGGGUCUCAAGUACAUCCUAGAAGCCUUUGUCAAUAUCCAUGGCGACUACAUUACAGCACUACCGAUGCACGAGUGGCAUGUGCGAAUCGCCAAAUUCUCGGAGACUUUCAAUAAAUUCCCGACAUCGGUACUCAAGUCCCUUGUCGACGGUGGCAAGGUAUGGAGCAACGAAUCAUCCCGUCAACGGGACCUGACGUGGCUGCUGCUCCACGCCCUAAGCACAAAGGAAAGCGUCACAGACGUUCUAGCCAUGGCCCAGACCUUUCGCGAGCGCCACGGGCGCUCAGAGAAUGAGGGCUUCACAUCAUCCGAGGCACGAGCCCUGGUGAUGGCGCGCAUGCGCGCAGGCGGAUUCGUAAGCAGAGACUGGGUUAUCGACAUGCACAAGCAGAGCCAACGAUACUCGCGUGAGGCAUCGCGUUGGACGGCGCUCGCCGCGACAUUUGAGGACCCGACGUUCCAGGGUAACAAUGCGGCGCUGAAGAUACAGGACUUUGUGCAAUUCCAGCCUUUCGACAAGAUGGUCACGCGCUUCGACGUGCAAAGGUGGCAACUACAGGCUCUGAUUCUGUCGUGGAUAGAUCCCGAAGCCAGCAACUUGGGCCCUGCGGCCCUCCGCAUUCUGGAAAGAGUUGCCGUCCUUACGAGUGCGAAGUCCAUCAAUGUCCGAUUAUUUGAGGAGCUGGAGCACGUCUUUCACAUCCUGCGCACCGGGGGAAAGCUACUUAUGCUCGGUAAAGGAAAGGAUUACUCGACCUUGUCAAUGGAUACUGUCCGCAUAAGGCUUGAAGAGCUGCUAGUCCGAACGGCCUGUCGGUACAUGGAGACCAAGGAGUUGAGCAACCGUCAGGCCUUGAAGGGUGUUUCCCUGUGUCUCCAGGCUAGCGAGACCAUCGCAAGGCCUGUGUGCGGCCUCGGGGGCCAACCAGCCGUGGGCUCGCCGGCAGUACUGCGUGUUGUGUCCGAGGUUGUGUUACAAGAUCUCGAGGACGGGCAGUAUGGGAGAAGUGCGCGUCUACAAUGGUUCGUUGGCAAGGUUCGCCAGUACCACGGCGAAUGCGAAGCAGAUAAGGUCCAGAAGACACUCCACGGCUGGCGUAAUUUGCUGGCUGCCCGUAGCGCGCAGGCAUGGACUUCGGCGAACGAGGGAGUUAACUCGCGGCCGAAACGGAAGAGACGCGCCGAAAGACAGGGGGCGUCUUCGAGUCCUGUCGAGGCUUCAUUGGUGGCGGACGAGUCACUUGCAACGGAUACGUCGACAUCUUCCCCAGAUCCGUUUGCCAACCUCAGUGCUGAGCGCAGGACAUCCUGA